AUGAGCGUCCUUGCGCCACCUCCUUCGCCUUCGCCGUCAUCGUGCUUCGAUGCCAUGCUCUCCGACUCGGACAUGAACAUCGAUCGAAACAUGGCUGCCAACAGCCUCAAGCGCAAAGCUUCCAACAGCACAAAGCCAAAGUCGGCGCACGGCAACGCUUCUUCCAGCGACGCCGAGAAUCGCCCCAUUACAGCUUCGGUCAGCGCGAAGGCAAAACCACCCGCGAAAGCAGAGGCGACACCAGCGAAAGCAGCUGCAACGACAGCCACAUCAUCGUCUGGGCCUGCUACCAAACGUGCCAAGCUCAGCAGCAGCAGCAGCAGUACCGGCAGCAGCGCGACGCCCCUGGUCGAGCUCAAAAAUGGCAAACUCGUGCUCAAGCAGAAGGCCGUCAAUUGGACUGGCACCAUGCCCGUCCUCAAGGCGGUCAUCACCUUCCAGGAGUUCCUCGACGUCCAAGACAAGCUCGACGAGAUUCCCGCCGAGCAUCUCCACGUCAUUGCCAAGCUGACCCAGGAGAGCGACAAGUCCCUAGUCGAGCUCGCAAAGUCAAUCCGCAGCAGGCUCAUGCCAGAAGCCGAGUUUGGAUCCAGCGACUCGGAAAUGUCGGCAGCUUCAUCAUCCUCAAGGAGCAAACUCACACUCCCUAGCAUACAGGCUGCCAUCAACGCCGUCGCCGAGAGGAAGAACUACGGCAUCGACAGCAGCGAUGUCCCAAGCCACUCUUCCGCCAGCACGUCCGAGGAGGCACCAAUUGUGCCGGCACCUUUGCAGCUUUGGCGCUGGGAGGUCACUGAUCUUGCCAUGCUGCCUGCAGAGUUUCUCGACAAGUUCACUGAGCGCAGAAGCGACCGUGAGUCGGCACGCAUUCAAGCACAGCAGAUCUUCAGCAGCCUGAAGCAAGAAGAAAGGCAAGCCUUGCUCGACAAGGGCGUCAAGUCAAAGAUCUCAGCUACCGUGGCUGCCGACAAGUCCUCCGCCACCACGAACACACCACCAAAAGCUUCGAAGAUGAAGGCCACAGCCGCCGGCACAAGCGCUUCCCAGCCCAUCUCGAUCGACGACGAUAUGGAUGAUGGCGCGGUUGCUGACACCGAGCGCGAUGCUGCCCCACUUUCGACGCCAGUCGCUUCUCACAAGCGCAAGUCGUCAUCCUCUGCAUCCACUCCGCAACCCUCCGCUAAGCGCUCGGGUGCCGCUGGUGAGGCGUCGACACCAUCUGCCUCUUCGUCUCCCAAGGACAAGCGCAAAGUCAAGGAGCCCGUCGAGCUCUCGCCAGAGAAGCAGAAGGAGAAGGAGGAGAAGGAAGCCGCCAAGGCCGAACGAUUGAGGGCCAAGGAGGCAAAGCGCCUUGAGCGAGAAGCCAAGGAGCAGGAGAAGCAAAAGGCAAAAGAAGCCAAGGAGGCCGAGCUCAAGAAAGUAGAAGACGCAAAGAAGCGUCAAGCGAACUUCUUGACAUCAUUUGUCAAGAAGGCGGCGCCGAAGAGCCCCUCCAAGCCGGCCGCGGGUGCUGCUGUCGCUUCAAGUAGCGCUGCAGCUGGCAAGGCUGCUGAGACCAUCUCCGAUUUUGACCGCACUUUCCUGCCGUGUCAGUACAAGGACCUUGCGCCGAUCAACCGCUUCGCCUCGCCUGCUGGUGCUCCCAAAGUCCCGCAGCUCGGUCAAGCCGACCUCUCCCGCGACGAGAUGCUCUCACAGUUCCUUACGCGCUCCUCGGUCCUCAAAGGAUCCACAGCUUCGAACGUGCCUCGUCGACGAAAAGGCGUUCACCCGCCCGUCUCGGUACGCGAGAUCAAACGCGUCGUCACCGAAUCGGACGUGCUCGGCGGUAAUGCUCAAGAGCAGGCCGAAAAGGCGCUCGAGACGCUCCAAGAUCGCAACAAGGUGCAGCUCAAGCUGCUGCAGUUCGAGUCGGACCGUCGACCGGGGUGGUACGGCACAUGGACCAAGUCGACCAACCUCAUUGGUCCGCGAUGUCCUUUGGGUCAGGAUCCCGUUUCGCUCGACUACUCGUACGACUCGGACGCCGACUGGGAAGAGAUGGGUCAGGUGGAGGGCGAGGAUGUGCAGGAGGGCGAGGAGAAGGAGGACGACAGCGUGAUGGACGAGGAUGAAGACUCGGAGAUGGACGAUUGGCUGGUUGACGAUCUCGAGGUAGAGGAGGAAGAAGAGCAAAGGUUGGCUGCGAUGGAUGUGGACGAUGAGAUCGUUGAGGUCGACGCCAAGGGCUUGCCCGUGCCCCCUGCGCCGGUGACGACGAACUUGCUGCACCCGAAGAAGAAGAAGAAAGUCAAGCUGCUAGGCAGGCGCUUCGACGCCAAGCUCGUACCCUUCUCGAGUGGACCGCACUGGGAGGCCGAGCUGGGCAAAUGCGACUACGACCUCUUCUCGAGUUACCGCAUCGAGCUGCUCAACGACGCGUGCUUCGGCCUCAACCCGUUCACCUUCAGCUCGGUCGUCGAAGCGGUCGACGCGCCUGUGGCGGACGAUGCGGUCGACACCCCGACCAAGAUCCGUAAAGCCCCCCUGCCGGCCGGUGGCGUCCUCGCCGCCCUCUGGGCCGACGCCAACCCGUCCGCCCCCUCCUCCGCCCCUCCCACCCCUCCCGCAAAAGAAGGCUUCAAACACCAGCUUCGCGAAGACGCCAUCCCAGCAUUACUCACCGCCAUCGACGGAUCCACAAAGACCCGCGCAGGGCUGGUGGACGAUCUCAAGGAGGUGCUCGACAAGCUCGGCAAGAGCGCAAGCAAGAACGCUAUCGGCGAAAGAGUAGGCGUGUACGCCAAGAAGGAGAAGAAGGCGGGAGCCAGUUGGGUGGUCAAGGAUGAAUGGAGGGGUUUGAUGGGUUGA